AUGUGUGGAUCUCAAACAGACAAUGGGCCUCAACCCUACCUGCAGAGUUCCACCGACUUUGGCAUGCUGGAGAAACGGGAUCGACAGCCUGUUCUGUCGCUCGAAGAACUUCGCUGCACGGUUGAACAAUCAAGUCGUCGUGGUUACUACAAGGUGACGCACGAGACCGACGAGAAACUCGAUUUCUUCAUGGAAGCCAAGGCAGACGGUAAGACCCAGACACUCACCCUUAACAGUGUCCGAGAAGGGAACCCAUCGCCCUUUGAAACAAGAAAAGCGUUUCUUGCUUUCUGGCAACAUGCGACGAACAAGGGCGCCGACGAUCUACUCAGCUUUACUUACCUCGAAGUUGACAACCCGGAUACGGUUGGGGCCAUUGGAGAGGUUCAAGAUUCCAUGAACCCCAAAUGCACGGACGAAAGAAUGUGCGCAGUGACAUUUGAAGAACCGAGACCCUUCUACUUCCUGAUGGACGAAGCCCCCCAUGCGGAUAUUGUGUCUUCUAUCCCAUAUGAAUUCGAGGGGUUUGAGAGGCAUUAUGUGGAAUCUUUCGAUUGGAGCGACACUCGCAAGACCCAGAAGUGGAACUUCUGGUUCCAAAUCAAUUUCGAACUGGACAAAUGA